UUGAUCCAAUUAGAAUAAUCACAUCUCAUUCAAUUGACAUGCGUUGUCGUAGUUGAAACAAUUUGAUCAUUGUUUACAUUUCAUAUCGUCUUCUUUGUUCCGUGUAUUAUUUUAACUGGCUGUCUAGACUUUUCACUAAUUUCCUGCAGCACGUAAUUGGUAUUAAGAUUUUUUUUUUCUUCGUUUUAUUGUUAUUUCUUUCUACGUGUUACGCGGGGUGUUAUAUCUGGUUAUACACAAUAGCAAAAAGGACAACGGGAAAUGGAGUUCUUGUCAAACGCACUUGUUGUUCUAGUGCUACUAUUCGUUUCGUCAAUAAAAUUGACAUCUGCAAACUACUGUGAAUGGAAUAUAUGCCAAUCAUGGCAGUAUUGCUGCGGAGAGAACAUUUGUUGCAGCAAUAAUGAUGUGGUAUUCAAUUUAACAAUUUUAGUCUGCUUUGCCUUGGCUCUGCUGUUCUUAUGCUGCAGUAUGCUGUUCAUGUGCCGAUAUUUAUGCCGUACCAGACAUCCUGUAUUCCAGUUUAUAGGUAUUUAUAGAUGCUUUGCAAAGGAUGCUGAGUCUACGAGCAAUCUGCCUGCUUUCGAGGUGGUUAAUGACGAUAGAAUAUGCACAGAUCCUCCUCCACCAUACUCAGAAGUGAUGCCAAACGUGAAGUAAAGAGCUGUUGCGACGUGUCAAAUCUUACAGAUACAUGAACAACCCUAGGAACGUCGAACUUUGAGGGAUCUUCCAUAAUGACUUGAACUAAAUUCUCUUAAGGACUGGCAUCAAAUUGAAUAAACGAAAUAAACAAGGGUGGAAUCUCUUUUGAUUGUCUAAAAUAAACGAUAAUGUUACGAUGAAUGGUCCAAGAUCCAAAGAUCACCUGAUUACACAUGUUUAUGAAUAACAGUUUCGAUGAAGAAAUAUUAAUUUUAUUGCAUAAUUAGUAUUAUCAUUGUGGAUUAUUAAAUGAAUUCCGUAAUUAA